ACUUUUUAGAGAUAGAUCCUUGUGGGUUGUCUUCCAAUUGAAAAUUCCCACGCCUGUUAAACGCUUCACGCGCGGGUACAGUAUACCCGCCAUCAUCCGUAGUACUACUGUACAUGGCUUACUAUGCUGAAAAUGACACUGAAGGUCGUCACUCAUACAUACCGGUGGAAUCAAGCUUCAGGGAGGGCGGUCAUGGCGAAUCCAACAUUCAUAUUGCGUCGCUUGCAGAGAAACAGCGAAUAUGGUGGAGAACUGCCAUCAUCAAUGCAUGCUUCCUAGCUUCAUGGUAUAUAUUCGCAACCAUACUGUCUCUGUACAACAAGUGGAUGUUUUCGCCAGACCAUUUCGCAUUUCCGUAUCCGCUCUUCGUGACUACCUUGCACAUGUCUGUUCAGUUUGUCUUGGCUGCUACUCUUCGCGUCUGGUUCCCGCAUCAUUUCCGUCCAGAGAGAAGUCCUUCGGUAAAAGAUUAUGGCAAGAAAGCAGUUCCUACUGCCGUUGCUACCGGUCUCGAUAUUGGUCUGUCAAAUGUGUCACUCAAGACCAUUGCUCUAUCAUUUUAUACAAUGUGCAAGUCAUCUUCUCUCAUCUUCGUAUUAUUCUUUGCAUUUUUCUUCCGUUUGGAAGUGUUUUCGCUACGACUCGUCGUCGUCAUCCUUCUCAUUUUUGGCGGGGUGAUCCUUAUGGUUGCUUCUGAAACGGCCUUCGUUCUUCCCGGAUUUUUACUUGUGAUGACCGCCAGUGCAUGUGGAGGUCUCCGCUGGAGCCUCACGCAACUGCUCAUGAAGAACAAGAAUAUGGGUCUAGAUAAUCCUGCGGCUACCAUAUUCUGGUUGUCUCCUGCAAUAGGCGCCACAACAGCCCUCAUUAGCAUCAUCUGGGAGGGAUGGUUUAACAUAUAUGCAUCGCCAUUCUUUCGGGACAUGGCCUCGAGCCUUCGUACGGGCCUAUUCUUGGUCGCCCCCGGUAUCGUGGCGUUUUGUAUGGUCAUGAGUGAAUAUUACAUUAUCCAACGUGCCGGUGUCUUGCCAAUGUCAAUAGCCGGGAUAGCCAAAGAAGUCUCGACCAUUACGAUCGCGGCUUGGGUUUAUGAAGAAGAGCUUACGCCACUCAAUAUAGUUGGCGUAGGUAUCACAGUCUGCGGGAUUGGCCUUUUUACGUUCCACAAGUACCGCAAUUCCAUCGAUGGUAGACUAUCAGUGGACGCGGAGGGAAACAUGAUAACAAUAGAUGACGAAAAUAUGGGUGACUCGUCAGAUUCUGUCCAUGGGGUCGAUUUCGAGCUUAGUGCUGCUAACCUCGGGCAUCGAGAAGAUGAUCAUUUUGCGCAUCAGGGGUCUGAUGAUAGCGACGCGCAUCAACGCCUGCUUUUUUCUACCGAUCAUGACGAUAAUCAUCAUGAAGGCGAGGAAGAUGCCGAACAAGUAUUCUGAGAGUGUUCAGUUGUCUGAGUUGCUGAAAGAGGCAUAGAGCUAGGGUCGCACUUCUAAUUACAUAUGCAGACUAGUUACUUUUUUUUUCCAGAAGAUAAUACCCUAAAGCGGCCCACCUCCUCCAGCCCAUUUGCACCUUGUUGAAAAUGGUCCCUAGAGGACUAGAGUGCCACUAAUCAUAACGAACCAUUGC